AUGGCCGACGACGACGGCGCAACCCCAAAAGAACUCCUCCUCGAAUCCUGCCGCCGCAACAACACCACCCUCCUCACCACUCUCCUCUCCUCACCCCCCUUCUCCAACUCCCCCUCCUCAACCGCGGCAUUCCUCAACACCACCACCGACGCCCUAGGCUCCAGCGCCCUCCACGUCGCCGCCCAAUAUGGCUCCUACGAAGUCCUGGACAUAAUCCUAGACCAAGAGGGUGUCGAGAUUGACGGGCAGGAGCGGAGAGAGGGGGAUACGUGUUUGCACAAGGCGGUCAGGUAUGCGAAUGGGUUGGAGAAAGCGGAGUGGGAGGCGGGGAGGGCGGUUGUGGAUAUUUUGGUGGAUGCUGGGUGUGAUCCGAGGAUACGGAAUAAUGCGAAGUUGAAGCCUAUUGAUCUCGUCGAUCCGCGGAAUGGGGAUUUACGGAGUGAUCUGCAAAAGGCGGAGCUCACGUUGCAGAUGAGCAAGGACCUUGUGGAUGAGGAGGAAGAGGAAGUGGAUGGACCGGGCAGUGAGAGCGACUGA